AUGAAUAGCACGGGGGCCACGGCGCAGACGCCACGCACGCGUCGCCGCGACUUUGGCAGUCUUCUGCUCGCCGAGUCACCCGCGGGGACGACGAGCGGUCGCACCUACGACGGCAGUGGCACGAUCAACCGCACGUACGAUGGCAGCACGCCCGUGUCCAUGCGCGGCCUGCCCCCGCUCCAUGGCAGCAUGAAGACACCGCGUCAUUCGUACCACCCGCGCCGCGCCAAUGCGGCUGCAUCGAUACUGAACGACGUGAUCAUGGACGUCGACGAAGACGCGAUGCUGUUGCACCGACCGAUGGACGGACCGCUGCUCAGUCCCACGCAGCGGAAGAUCAAGAUUGGCGUCUACGGUAUCUUGAAUACCGUGAUCCUCGUGCCGCUCAUGAUCAGUUUUGCCCAGAUCAUCUUCCGCGAUCCCGAGUUCCAGCCGUACAUGAACGACCUCGUGAAGCUCGUGCUCGUGUCGGCGGCCGUGCAUCAAAUCUGCUUCACGUGCCUCAGCUCGCUACCCUUUGCGAUGGGCCAAGUGCAAGACGCUGGUCUUAUCUUCCUCUCGGCGAUGGCCUCGUCCAUCAUCAAGUCUCUGCACGACAUGAGAGGAGCGUCGUUCUCCAUGGACGAAGCGCUGGCCACGACGCUGUUCACGAUAGCCGUCUCGACGGCUGCUUUGGGCGCAGCGCUGAUCGUCACGGGCAAGCUCCGACUCGCCAGCUUUGUGCAGUACUUGCCAAUGCCAGUGGUCGGCGGCUACUUGGCCUUCAUUGGCUUCUAUGCCAUGGAGGCUGGCUUGUCCAUGAUGACCACACUGAGCAUCAAGGAACCUACCGACUGGAUCAAGCUGGCCGACUGGAACAUGUUGCUACUGUCGGUGCCGGGCGUCAUUGCCGGUGCAGCCAUCUUCUGGAUCAACUCGCGUUGGAACCACAUGGCCGUGAUGCCUUGCUGCUUGGCCGUGAUGCUGACGACAUUCUACGGGUUGCUGCUUCUUACAGGGUCGUCUCUUGACGAUGCCCGUGCUGCCGGGUGGGUAGCACAGCCUCCUCCGUCGCCACGCACCAUUACGCAGAUCUACGGGUUCUACGACUUUUCCAAGAUCAACUUCUCGCGCUUGACCGACCAGAUCCCGACGUGGAUUGCCAUGUACUUUGUCGUGGCGUUCUCAUCAUCUCUCGACGUGGCUGCUGUCGAGACAGCACUGGGCAAACCGCUGGACCACAACCACGAGUUGCAAACAGUGGGCGUCAGCAACCUGCUCUCGGGGCUCGGUGGUGGCUUCACCGGCUCCUACCUCUUCUCGCAGACGAUCUUCACGCUACGCGGCAAGCUCGACAGUCGCUACGUCGGUCUCGUCGUGUUUGUCCUCGAGAUCGCGAUCGUGCUGAGCCCCUUCUCGAUCAUUGCCUACGUGCCCAAAGUCUUCUUUGGCGCGCUGCAGAUGCUCGUGUGUCUGGACCUCAUGAUCGAGUGGCUCUGGCACGCUCGCAACAAACUCCUUUCGCGCGAGUACGGUAUCGUGUGGCUCACGUUCCUGUCCAUGGUCUUCGUGAACCUCGAGCUGGGCAUCGUGGUCGGCAUCAUCGUUGCGGGCUUCAACUUCAUUUACUCGUACAUUGCGACGGCCAACGUGCACCGCGUGAUGAAACGCUCUCGCGUUGAACGUGAUCUUCGCGAACGCGUGCUGCUUCAAAACAUGCGCAUGUCGAUCGUGACGCUGGAGCUCGAAGGGUUCAUCUUCUUUGGCUCGAGCGUGAAAGUCAUGGACGAAGUACGGCGUCACGUCUUGGUGACCACGACCGAGAAGCAAGAGGCCCUCACGACUUCGUUCCCUGCGCCGUCGCCUCUUUUGCCCCGACGUCACGCGCCCUCGCCGUACGUCGCUCGGUCGUUGGAAGACACAUUCACGGAUGAUCUCGCGACGCUGGAUUCCGUGUUUGACGACCACGAGAUUCACGGAUACUCGUCCACGCCCAAGCCUACUGGCAAGAACGAACCGGCGGCACUGCACGCAGCUCGCACGAGGUACUUCAUUCUGGACUUUGAAAAGGUGAGCGGCGUGGACGCCACGGCCGUGCGCAGCUGCUUCAAUGCUACCAAAGAGUUGCUCGCCCAGCACGGCAUUGUGCUCAUCUUCGCGAGCAUUCCAGCAGACGCUGAACGACUGCUGCGCGUCCACGACGUGAUCGAGCAGGAGGACGGGUCUGGCACGGGGUCUCUCGUCUUCGACACGUUGGACAAGGCCUUGGAGUGGUGUGAGGAUGAACUGCUUGUGUCGGGAGGCGUCUUGCCGCUCAGUGAGUCGGCGCCACUAUCGGCAGCUAGUGAUGGACACGAAAGUCAGCCGUGGCAGUUGCUCGACCAACUGUUGCCUCGUCCCGAUGGCUCGCACGGCAAGAACGGCAAACCGAACCGUACGAUCGGCAGUGGCGCGCAACUUCUCGAUCACGAUGCGGAGACUGGCGGUGCACUCACUCGAGAGCUCUGUGAGAUGUACAUCACGCGCGUGCACAAGCAGGAAGGCGAUACUCUGUACCGUGCUGGUGAUCUCGUCAACGGGAUCUACUUCAUCGGCUACGGCAAAGUCGAUGUGUUCAUGCCGUCCAAGAUCCACGAAGGGCUCGGACCGGGCUUCCGCGGCCGCAAACGCAUCACGCGCGUGUGCCAGGGCGGACUGGUGGGUGCGUCCGAAACGAUCUUGCACAAGCGCCACCAGUUCACGGCGCAGGCCAAAUCUCCCAGCUCCAUUUUCUUCCUCAGCAAGUCGCACUACGCACGGAUGCAAAAGGCACACCCAGCGUUGGCUGCUCGAUUCCAGCAGGCGAUGUUGCAGUCCAUGGCCAUCGGUGUCCUCGAGUCCAACAUGGCAGACGACUGA